CUAACAACGACACUCCGACGGCCUUGCGUUAAGCUCCCCGGACUGCCUCCAGGUGUAAGAGAAAUGGCCGACCAAGGUGGAUCGCAACACGGCAUAGCCCGCACCUCGCGCGUGCGCACCGACGAACAGCGACAGCGCGACCUCGACCGCAUCGCCAAGUACCGCGACCUCGAGGACCAGGUGCGCGCACUCACGGCCAAGGGCGAGUACACCCCCGCCGUCUUCCAGCUCACGUCCAAGCUGCUGCGGCUCAACCCGGAAUACUACACGAUAUGGAACGCCCGCAGGCGCUGCCUAAUCUCUGGCUCAUUCUCAAGACCAUCAGCUGGGUCAUCAUGCUCGAGGGCGUCCUCGACUACUUCUCCUACCGCCACUACAGCAGCCUCUUCCACCAGCUACUCGUCGUCAUCCUCGGCCACGACCCCGCCCGCCCGCAGCUCCCCGACAGCUGGGAAGAGUGGUACAACAGCUGACCCCACAUCCGACACUCCCGAAACCGACGAAUCCGCCGCCGCGGACACGGACACGGCCGCAACGGCGGCAGCAGAAGCCGAGACUCGAGACCUCUCCGUCCUCAAAACCGAGCUCGCCUUCACGAUCCCACUGCUCCUCGACUCGCCCAAGUGCUACUGGAUCUGGAGCUACCGGCUCUGGCUGCUCCAGCAGGCGAUCGCGCGGCUGCGCCCCGCGGUGGCGCGCGGGGUGUGGGAGGAGGAGCUGGGGCUGGCGUCCAAGAUGCUGGGCAAGGACCGGCGCAACUUCCACGCGUGGGGCUACCGGCGGCACGUGGUGGCGCAGCUCGAGAGCGCCGCCCUGCGCGGCCGCAGCAUGGUCGAGCCCGAGUUCGCCUACACCGACAAGAUGAUCCGCACCGACCUGUCCAACUUCUCCGCCUGGCACAGUCGGAGCAGGUUGAUUCCGCGCUUGCUGGAUGAGAGGGGCGCGGAUGCGGCGGCGAGGAGGGCGUUUUUGGAUAAUGAACUUCAACAAAUCCGCGAAGCCCUCAAUGUCGGUCCCGAGGACCAAUCGCUGUGGUACUACCACCAAUUCCUCGUCCUCAACCUUGUCGCGCCGGACAAACACCCCGCUAUGACACCCGACUUCACACGCGAGGACCGGGUGGCGUAUCUAACGCGAGAGAUUGACGAGAUCAAGGAGCUGGUGGAGGACUACGACGAUGUGAAACUGAUUUACGAGGCCUUGUUUGAGUACACGGUCUACUAUUGCCAGCUUGAGGAAAGGCAACCUGAGCCGAGUGAACGAGCGGGCCUCGUAGUGUGGUUGGGGAAGUUGCGGGAGUUGGAUCCAAUGCGGAAUGGGAGGUGGGCUGAUCUGGAAAGGGAGUAUAACUUGAAAGACUGACACAUCCAUGAUACCGUUAAUACAUUUGAAACCCAAUUUCAGCGUCAAAGUUUAUAAUAU